AUGGCGGGUUCCUCUUCACACUCUUCUGAUACAGUUUCAGUCUCACAAGAGGAGUUCAACAUGUUCCACACCAUCGACCGCACUCUCUUCAGCCGGUUGGUCUUCAACCUCGACCGUGACCCCGCCGAGGCCACCCAAGUUAUGGCGCUCUGGCUCUGGCUGGAGAUGGUCGGCAAGGAAAUCGACAUGGUGUACUCCAAAAUAUUGUCCUUGCCCGACGGUUUACUCAACGCGCUUGUCGAUGAGUCGGUCAUGGCCUUGGCUUGCAUAGAGAGCGACAAGUUCCCUUUCGCCAACGACAGCGCCGACAACAACAUCCCUUUGAUCCAGAACCUCACAAAAUCCGGCGCUUCACUCCGCUUCUUCCAUGACAAUCGCACCGGCAUUAUCCGUGGCGUCACGAGGAUUAUCAAUGAGGUUUGCGUCAGAGCUUUCGAGGACAUAGUGAAACUUGCACAGGGACGCCAAGAGAUAGCCAAUUUCCCGGUUAACCUUUCCGGCCCGCUGAUUAAUCCCCUGUUGCCGGCUUGUUACUCUAAUUCCGGGGUUGGUCUUGUUCAUCCUCCUCAUCAAAUUGGGCCUUCGGAGAUUUUGCAGGGCUUUGAUCCUUACGAUCUUUCGGUUCAGCGGCGUAUUUUGAAUACCGAAAUCGGUGAGGUUUUGAGCCGGCUAAAGUUGAGCGCCAGUAAGGAAGAGAAAGAAGUCCCGCCAGAUGAUAGGACUAUUUUCUUGACAUUCUCCAAAGGGUACCCCAUCUCACAAAAUGAGCUCAACGAGUUCUUCACCAUGAAGUUUGGGGAUAUUGUGGAAGCAAUUUACAUGCAAGAGGUCCUUCCGGCGGAGCAACCGCUGUAUGCGCGCCUUAUUGUUCGUUUAGCUUCAACGAUUGGAGUGGUUCUUGAGGGCAAGAGCAGGGCCAAGUUCUCCAUCAAUGGGAAGCACGUCUGGGCGCGAAAGUUCGUGAGGAAAAGCCCCAUCAAGUCGCCACCAAAAUCAUCUCCGCCACCCUCCCAACCUACUUCACCAGCAAAUAAAUAA